AUGGCGGGACCUCGAGAAGUCGGAUCCGUUGGCAUUGGCAUUCUUGCGCUCGCCCGAUCAUCGAUCGCACACGCCAACAACGUCGCGCGGGACUCGUCAGAACCUGAUCCCAAUAUUUCCAAUGGUACCUGUUACUACUCGCCGGAUAACCAGGCGGACCCAAGCUACAUACCGUGCGGAAACACAGUUUUUGGCGUCUUUACUUGCUGUGAGGCUGGAUCGAACUGCUUGGCCCAUAAUGCCUGCUACUCGAAUGAUGGAAACACCUAUCUUGCGGGUUGCACAGAUCCUACAUACUCGGAUCCAUCGUGUCCAGAUAAGACCCCUUAUGAUGAUCAACAGUGGACAGGUCUAGUUUAUUGCAAUGGUACCUCAGAUGAAUGGACAUUAUGCGAUGAUUCGGGCUCAGGAAGUGACACAGUCACUCCUUGGCAAGGAUGCUUCUGCCCGGAAGAUCAGAGUUUGCGGAAUGUAGCCUUUUCUGCUCCGGCUUCUAUAGCGCCGCACAUCAGUUUGCCCUUGUCAAGUGGCGGGACUAUGAGCCUCUUCGACGGAUAUAGCCUAAGCACCUAUGUCACCAGCACAGCAGCUUCCACUACUACAGAAACGAGUAGCUCUUCGAGCACUCCUAUCUCAACUUCCACGAUAAGCUCUUCGGACACCCCUAUCUCGACUUCCCACACGAUCACAUCGCAUUCCACAACCAGCAUACCCUUUGCGGCUUCUGCAUCUAGUAAUCCGGCCCUUGAAUCCGCCCACGACGGAACAGGCUUGAGUCCGGGCGCCAAAAUUGGAAUAGGCGUUGGCGUGAGUCUUGGUGGCCUCAUAGCUUUAGCUGUGAUCUCUGCCAUGGCGCUCUAUAUCCGUCGCUUGAAACGAGGGCAAUUUAAGCAAGGAGACACCGUCACCCGGCCAAACUCUAAGCUCUCUGCAAUGAGAGACGGUCAACUCGAUGGCUUGGCGGAUGGGUUUCCCGGUCAUUCUGGCACCACAUCUGAGUUGGCUGGUAACGAGUCCAGAGAAUUCACUUCACUGGUGAGUCCAGCGGCAAGCCAGCGAGCGUGGACUCGCCCGAUGUCCGUGGAAGUGGAAGGGAGUGUUCCCAAACAUCGGAGUCUAGUGAGUCCUCAAUCUCAGGAAUUGGUUCGUGCUACACCAGGCCACAAGGCAUAUGAAGGAGCUCAAGAAAUGCCCGUUGAAGUGCAAGAGGGUCCAACUUCGCGUGGCAUUUCGCAGGCCUCAUAUCUGCCGGGCAGACAGGUUGGAGAUGGUUUGUAUGAGAUGCCGGGUCAUUUGCCCGGCUCUGAAUUUCUUGAGAAGCGAUUUACUUAG